GAUACAUAUUAUUAAAUGUUCCAUCUCAUCACAAGAAUUUAAAAAUUUAUAUUAAUUUGUAAUGUUUUACAGAAUUGUAACAAUCAAUAUAAGUUUUUGUAAUCAAUUAAAAAUAAUUCCACGUAGAAGAAAUGUUGAACUUAUUAAAAGAUAUUGUGCUACUAAUAAAAUUCUUUAUCCAAAAACAAUAUUUUCCGGGAUUCAACCCACAGGUUCUGUACAUAUAGGCAAUUAUUUCGGUGCAAUUGAAAAUUGGGUUAAACUACAAGAGAACGGAGAAAAUGUUAUUUGGAGCAUUGUUGACAUGCAUGCUAUUACCUUACAGCAUAAUUCUACAGAGCUUAAGGAAAAUAUUUUAAAACUCACUGCUGUCUUAUUAGCUUGUGGAAUUGAUCCAAAUAAAAGUAUUUUAUUUCAACAAUCAAGCGUUUCGAUGCAUGCUGAAUUGAGCUGGAUUUUGGCAUGUCUUACAACAAUGCCAAGACUUGCUCAUCAACCUCAGUAUAAAGAAAAAAGUCAAACACUGAAGGAUGUGCCUCUAGGAUUAUAUAUUUAUCCUAUUUUACAAACAGCUGAUAUUUUAUUAUAUAAAGCUACACACGUGCCAGUAGGCGAGGAUCAAGUGCAGCAUAUACAAUUAGCAGAACAUUUGGCUCAAAAAUUUAAUACAACUUAUGGAGAAACUUUUCCUAUGCCAAUUGCAGUAAUAAACAAAGAUUUUGGGAGAAUUAAAUCAUUGAGAGAUCCUUUACAAAAAAUGUCUAAGUCUGAAUCUGAUACUAAAAGUCGAUUAAACUUAACUGAUGAGCCUGCUGUUUUACUGAAUAAAAUAAAAAAGGCUGUGACAGAUUUUACUUCGGUAGUUUCUUAUGAUCCUGAAAAUCGACCAGGUGUAUCCAAUUUAGUGAGUAUACAUUCUAUGAUAACUGGUAUGUCUCCAGAAGAAAUUUGUAAAGAAGUUAAACACUUAAAUACAGGACAAUAUAAAUUAUUUUUAGCAGAUAUUUUAAUUGAUAAAUUAAAUCCUAUAAGAGAAAAGAUACAAUUAUAUAUGAAUCAACCAAAGUAUUUGCAGAAAGUUUUACACGAAGGUACGCAAAAGGCAAAAGAUAUAGCUUUUAAAAAUUGGUUAGAAGUUAAGGAUAAAGUUGGAUAUGGAACUCCUAUAUUUUCAAACAAUCAACAA